UGUUUAUUUUGCUAAAUAAAACGAAUUAUAUUUUCUCUUCAGAUACAAAAAAAACCAUUAAAUACCUAUGUAGAAAAAUAGUAAAUUAGGGGCAAUUUAUCGUUGCCGUAUAAGUGUACUAGGAUAGUAAAUCAUUUAAAUGAGACUAUUAGUGAUAUUCCUCCUGACGUUAGUGUCAGUCUGGGGUUUCCCGGAGAGGAGAGCGGCACAGAACGAAAAUUUGAUUAAACAACCACACGAAGAAAGAAAGAACAAAGUGCGGGAAACGCCUCGGGAUUGCAAAGGGAAAUGUGCAACUAGUAUAGCACAGAAAGCGGCCGCCGAAGCCAAGGCGGCACAGGCGGCGCAAAAUGCUGCCGGUGCUCAGGCCGCUCACAUGGUCAAAACGCAACUGGCGGAGAAAGCGCUGCAAGCUGCGAAAGCGGCUGAGGCGGCACUCGCCGGGAAGCAGGCGGUGGUUGAACAGCUGCAGCAGGAAGUGAAGGAAGCCGAGGCCGUAGUGGCGGAGAACACGGCCGCCGUGCACCAGCAGCAGGGCACCGUCAAUGCGGCCGUGCAAGCUGCGCAGCAAGCCACAGCUCAACACAAGUUAAUGUGCCAGGCGACGCAGCUCGCCGCACAGCUAGAGAAGUCAGCCCACAACGUGUUGGAGAAGACCAAAUUCGGUCUGCAGGAGAAAUGCCACAACUUGUCAGAGGCGAGGGCGAGACUGGCCCACCUGCAGCAUAAGCUACAAUGCGCCUGCGCAGAAUGCUCGGCCACUAAGCAGGCUGCGCACUGCGCUUGUGAAGCGGCCCGGGCCGCCUGCGGUAAUGCUAGGAAGAAGAAACGCGCCAUCAGUCAACGUACGAGAGUACAAAGAAAAAACAAGCGCGGUCGAUGAUAAAAUCGUGAUAUUUACAAUUGGAAUGAAGUAUUUUGGUAUGUAUUGGGAACUUUGUGUUUUGCUAUCGUUUGUUCGGAAACAAAUGUCCUUCAAUCCAGUGAUUCAAUCUGUUGAAAAGUCUUACCGAAAUUAUGUAAUAUAUACAUUGGGGUAGAGUGAACAAGAUACAUCAAUUGGCUUUUUGUAAUAACUUGGUUUACUAUAGUUUUCUAGUGUUGUAUGUUAAGACGUGAAGUUCUUGUAAGCUUUUGAUAAAAUUUGUUUAAGCUUCUGAUAUUAUAGUUCUAGAUGUUAUUGUAAA